GGGGGGGGGUUCUUGCCAGGGGCGUCUCGUACCUUUGCGAGGCGGCGCAGGUCUCGCGCCUCUCGGCCGCGGGGGUUCGUAGAGUGCGCCAGGCAGCGUAGAGGACGUGGGGGCCGGCGCGAUUUGGGCGAUGCGGCAUUGGGCAUUGCAAACAGCACUGCUCAACGUUUCGUCGGCUCGCGGCGCGCUGAUACACCAUUUACGCGUCGGACACGACGCGUGCGCGCCGAUCGAGCCUCCUAUCUAGUAGCAUGAAUGGCAAUGCACCAGCCUCUUGUGAGGCCUCUAGUAGCAUGCCGACCGCGUCUCUCCCUUGACAUGUACCUUGUACGGUGUACGACACGGUGUACGCGGUGUUAUUUAU